AUGUUCCGCUGGUGUCUAGCAUUUUCUAUUUUAUUAUGCGUAUUUGGAAAACUUGGCGAUCUGGACAGCAGUAGUAAUUUUCCAUGGUCGGAGAAUGUACCGAAAUUGGAAUUUACUACUUCAAAACCUAGAAAUCUGACUAAUUUCGUGAAGGAAGAAGUGAGAAAUGGCAGAAUACCAGAACAAUUGGUUCCGUUUAUAAAUAUGACCGCUGUAGAAGAAAUCAAAAAGCAGCAUAAUGAUACCCUGGACUUUAUAAUUCGAGACGAAGACGUGGCAGAUGUGCCUGAUGAUGAUGACAUGGAGCAUCGGAAAGUGAAUACACUAACCCAUGAUGGUAACAAAACAAUUAUCACUAUAUCAGAUGAAGCUCGAGAUGAUUUGUAUAAACAUUGGAUGGAUCAAAGUCUAGCCGGACUCAUGGGAGCAGUGGUCACUAAUGUAAUCAAUAAGAAAAAAAUGUCAAAAUCUGAGAAAAAGGAGCACUAUACAUGCAUCCACGCUUCAAAAAAUGUGACGGCUCACGCGAAAUGUGUAGUUACUGUACUCGACCAGGUGAAGAAGCGAAAUGAGAAGCUUGAAAGAUUCAGCACUAGAGCUUCUAGGUUAAAGCUUCAUCAAAAACAACAACGCUCGGAUGGAAAAGCCCUAAAAAAUUCUAUGAACCAUUACGAAGAGUAUGUGAAAUCUGGAGGGGAAGAAUUCCGGGUCAAGCGAGGCUCCGGCUUCACAGUUUUUGAUGAGAUGGAGAAUAAGCGACAGGCAGUGAUCAGGGAAAAUGUGCAAACCAGAAAGUCAUAUGAGCUCCGGGAUAACAAAAGCUUGUCACCAUUGGCACUGAUUGCAAGGAAAUUGACAGAGCUGGUGAGAGCCGGGAAGAACAAGAAAGAGCCGCAGAAGAGAUGGCAAGAUGUGAUUCAAGAAAUCAAAAAUGAAAGCACGCGGAUCAAGGGAAAAUCACAGAACAAGGAGAGAAUGAAGCGGAAAUUUUCGAAAUUUAUCCGAACUAUGAAAGGAACUGGACUGAAUCCAGACAAGGCGAUGCAAAGUAUUGGAAUGGAAGAUUUAUUUGCCGACGAACCGAUUCUCAGCGAAAAAGAACAGGAUGCCAAAGAUGCGAAGGAGAUGAUGAGUCCUGAUGAUAAGAUUUUGAAUGAACCAAUCAAGCUGAUUAGGCAAGCCAUCAAAAUUGGAAUGAUGGCGGCGGGUAAGACAAAAGACGCGGAAGCCAUGAGUGAUAAGAAGAUUGCACUUUUAUCACCACAAUUUAUGAGCAUACUUCCCGAUGAGGUUGCAAAUAAUACGAUCUCCCUUCUCUCGCCCUCAAUCCUAUCUCUCCAUGGUGAAGGAUCCGACCUGGAUCGCCAAAUCAGUCUCACAAAAGCUCUGAAACUCCUGGAGAGCACUGGCCAGGAGGAAUGGAUGAACUUUGUUCUGGAAGCUUCAGGUGUCACGGAAACUGUUGCCAAUUUGAGAAAAGCUGAAAAAGAAGAAGAGGAAAAGGAAAGAAUGCGAGAUUUUGUGGACAAAGAUGGGAAACCAAUGUACUUCUCAAAGGAGAAUGCAACGCAGAUAUAUGGGGAGUAUGAGGCGGGAAAACUAGAAUUGCUCGACGGAUUUUAUAAGUCACUGUCGUCAGGGCAGAUGGAAUCCAUGAACAAGACUGGAUAUACCGUUAUGAAUGACAAGCAGCUCGAAACUAUAUACGGACACGGUUCACCAUUCAACAACUCGGAAGCUCUUCAGAAAUUCCGCGGAAUUUCGCCGGAAAGUAUGCCAGCGAGGAUUGAGGAGAAUAUACGAAUGAUCGCGAGGGAGGAAAUGAAGUUUGACAUUUCGAGAAAGAAAGACCUCGUCCUAACACCGACAAUCCUUACCUCGUUCAUCGGUGAUCCCGUCAGUGCAUCCCAAUCCAUUAUCCUAUCACCUCUCCUCAUCGCUCCCCUAGUAUUCUCCCCUUCAAUCUAUGGUAACGUUAUUCUGUCGCCAUGGGUCUUUGUCCCAGUCCUUGUGAGCCCUCGUAUUCUUGGAGCCGUCGUUCUGUCCCCAAUCGUCUUUUCUCCGGUUAUCCUUUCCCCUCUUUGCCUUGUGCCCGUAAUUUUAUCACCUGGAGUUGGCCUGCCAUUUGUGCUCUCCCCAUUUGUGCUGACACCGUUUAUUCUCUCCCCGGUCGCCCUGACCCCAAUUAUUUUGUCGCCAUUUGCGUUGUCCCCGUUCAUUGGUGUCCCCAAUCUGAUGACACCGAUUAUUUUGUCACCUUUUGUGCUGUCUCCACUGAUCUUGUCUCCUCCAUUUGUAUCAGCUUUUGUGCUUACUCCAUACGCGCUAUCUCCAACUGUGUUGUCGAGUGGAGCAGUUUUCACGGCUGUACUGUCACCAAGCUGGUUGAGUACACUCUGA